CAACAAAGCUUAAACGCACACAGUGAAUGGAUAACUCCAUACGUGUAACGUUUUAUUUAUUUUAGAACUGCACUCUUCAUGAACCUUAAAUAAAAUGUCGAAAUUAAGAAUACCACAAUCUGCGGAUUGAUUUGGUAAAUAUGAUCACGUGAUCUUGGCAACCAAUCGCUGAAGAUGCAGCCUGCAAAAAUACUAUGAUUGUUCAGAGGGAAGGUAUCUAUAACAGUGUAACCUUUUAUAUGACUGCGAAGGGCUCCAAAAAUGUCGACCAGUGGCACACUUAGUAAUUAUUAUGUUGAUGCUAUCAUAGGGCACGAAGUAGAGGACGUUUAUGGAGCGAGGUUCGCACAAGGAGCACACAGCACGACCUCAAGGCCAUCAGGUGUGGGAGAUAGUCCGGAUUUUUCCUCUUGUAGCUUUGCACCCAAAUCGGCGGUGUUUUCUUCGUCUUGGUCCCCCGUCCACCCUCAGUCUAGUGCCGCAGUGUCGGGGAUCUAUCAUCCUUACAUGCACCAGUCACAUCUUGCCGCAGCAGAAAGUAGAUAUGUACGUUCCUGGAUAGAGCCACUCUCCACUUCGGUUUCUUUUUCCGGCUUCCACCCGAACAGUCGGCAUUACGGGAUCAAGCCAGAAACUUUGCCAUCAUCCAAGAGGACAGAGUGCUCUUCUUUUGAGGCACAGGCUCCAAGCAUCCCCGACUUCACGAGCGCUUCUUUUUCAGAAAGUAAGGACAAACCAGCUAAAGCGAAAGAACCUUUUAGCAACGACAUUUCCAGAAACAGCGAGCUCAAAGAGGAAACUCAACAGCAACUUGACCCAAGCAAUCCUGCUGCAAACUGGAUCCACGCUCGCUCGACAAGGAAGAAACGCUGCCCUUAUACCAAAUACCAGACCCUGGAACUGGAAAAAGAAUUUCUUUUUAACAUGUAUCUCACGAGAGAUCGGCGUUACGAGGUUGCUAGAAUUUUAAAUUUAACCGAAAGACAAGUAAAAAUCUGGUUUCAGAACAGAAGAAUGAAAAUGAAAAAAAUGAACAGAGAGAAAGGCAACAAGGAUCUUAACUGAUGCAAGAAUAGACUUGCUAGAAAAUAAAUCUCCUGGUAGAAGAAGAGGCAGACAGACAUACACCCGAUUCCAAACUCUGGAACUCGAGAAGGAAUUUCUAUUUAACCCCUAUCUGAC